GAAUACUUUCACAUUUCAGAUGAGACACAGCUUCAUCUUCUCAUCGUUUCUCCUUGUCCUGUGUGUUACGUACGUGACAAGUAUGGGCAUUGCCGGUGCAAGGGCAAAACAGAAGAGAGAGAGCUCUACUACAGAUCUUGAGGGUGAUUUAGACGGCAAAAAAUUUGACCUGCCAAAAGAUGGUGAGACUAUUACCUGUGGUUAUUCCGAAAACCAAAGAACGGACCCCGAUGGAAACGAAUACCCAGGAUAUAGUCAGUGCGGUGCAAGAGCAGCACAGGCCGGCGAGAAGCUGGGUAAUCCCGGCGGGAGUGGUGUCUCUGCCCAAAGUGGCGGUAUAGGCGCUGCCAGUGCAGGGGACGACGAACCGGACCCCGAAGAUCCAAACCAACCCCCCUCAGAGGGUGCCGGGAGAAAGAAGAGAGAGACCGUUCACGGAGGGACUUCGGAAUGUAACGAGACUUGCUUCUGGGUGCAGCCGUACUGGGUUGUAUGGAGAAGUGCUUGGUGGCCCGUCGUCCAGGCGCCAAAAUUCAAACAGUGGCUGAAGUACUGCUUUUGCUCUUCACUGAACCAGAGUUGCACCCACUUUAUCGAGGGAAGCCAAGCGCUGCCCGGCCCGUGGUGGAUGCCCCCUGUUAGGAUGGCUUAUUGCUCCAAGUGCACGACAGAGUGGGGCUGGAGACACAUCUGGGUCUGGUGGCGGUGCAAGCCCAUUCGUAUCUGGCUGCAGAUACCAGUUGGCUGUUGUUGCGGCCUGAAAGGAAUCCACUAUUGCCCAACGAUCGACCCGCCAACCAGUUUCAAACCUCCCGUUGGUCCCUUUUUUCCAGUAUAGACCAUAAUGAAAUAGUGAAGGCAUCGGAUAAUGUUAUUCCUUUCGAACUUUUCUCGGUUAGAUGCACUUAAGCGUUUGAGAACUUGGUUUACAAAACUGACCCACUUUAACUCGCACUGAACAGGAACAGGUUCGAGUAUAAAUUGGUUAUAAGACAAUUAUACAGAAGACAAAUUAAACUCUUUCGGUGCCAAAGGGGUUCUUUCAUUGCUCAGAACCAUCCAAAAUGAUAUGCUAAUUAACAGCGCGCCUUCAUCUAAUAGUGUCAAAUGACGUUUAACAAAAGCAAACUGUUUUCAAGUUGGUCUAAUGUGAUAAAUGUCUGAAAAGUUUCAAAUGAUUUAAAGAAUAUAGAUAUAUAUGUGGCUCUUACAAAGGUCUUCUGGAUAGUGGUCAAAACUGGGUCAGGGUUUCUGAAGUGCCAGUGCCAUGAUGCCAGUUUGAGAAUCGCUUUUAUUAGAUGAUUGAGAGUUUUACGUUCAAUGGAAUAACGUAAACACCUUCAAGAAAUUGUCGAAGAACUUGAAAGGAAUUUACUCAAGAUAACAGACACCGGUGCAUAAAAUAUAGUCAACUUACAAUUAAGUUUUAAUAGUUAUAAAGGGAUCUGCAUAACAGAAACGACGACCUAGAUUUAAGCUUUCAGUACACGAGAAACAUUUUUACAAUCAUGUUAACUUGCAAUAAAUUCUUAAAUUUUCUUAAAUUAUUCUUAUAUUUUAAGAGCUACGGAUCAAAAUUUAUGAUGCAUGUAAUGCCUUGUUAGCAUUUGAUAAGAAUCGUAUUUUGAAAACGGAAUACGGAUUUAUCUGAUAAGAUUAAAUGGAAAUUUUAGUACUAUGUUGUUCUCACGUGUCAUGUUUUUUUGUUAGAAGUAAAAACAACAGCAACGUAUGUUGGAAAGCUAUUAAGUUGUUUGCAACUGUAUAUACUUGAAAAUUGAGCAAAGCGUACAACGAGCCAAUCCAAUAACUUGUUACUCUCGCUCCAGCGAAAUGCCACAUGAAUAAUAAAUGUUUACAAUGGCAA